AACCAUGAUCGAUCCCACUGAACGUGAGAGCCUGUCUAAUUGCAAUAGCAGUGAGGCUUUCGAGGACGAUAACAAUCCAUUUGCCCCCUUAGCGGUUAAUAAUACACAUAAUUCAUUAUCAUCCACUGAUACAGAGCCCAGUAGUGACCCAGAGAACUUAAAUAUACGCCCUGUCCAGCUACAAUACACAUCUCAACUCAAGACACAACUCACUGGCACUCCUGCUUCCAAAGUUCGCUUGGUGCUGGAAUACAUGAACAUGCUUGGGCUCAACCUUCCCUUAUUCUUAGAUUAUCUCAGCUGGGGCAACUACAACUGCAUCACGGACCCCAAGAUCCGCUAUGAAAGGACAGCUCUCAUGGUGGCCAAAGCUUCUCACUACCUUCCUUCGCUCUCAGGGCAUUUCUGCCAUUCUUCCAACCAAAUGGACAAGGUUCAACACCUUGUCAAAUCCCACCCAUUUGUCAUAUCCCACGACAACCUCAACAUCCCAUUUCGUGUAUAUUCACAGCGUAUCGACAACCAAAGCCACUUUGACUCUGGGACUGCAGCAACUGUAUAUUUCCAACCAGAUGCUCCACCUAUUGCUCCUCUGUGUAAUUGUACACUACAGGAAUACCGUGCAGCUGGUCGUUUAACUCCCCUAAGUACAUCUGAAAUAUUUGCAUUGGAAUGUGAAGCGGCACCUUCAAGACAUGUUCGAGACACAUUCCGUGUUUUACGGUAUUUGAUUGAAUGUCCUGAAUUCAACUUUGCAACCUAUUCACACCAAGAUGAUCUGGUGUUCACCCCUCCUCUGCCAAUUCAACAACUUCAUUCUGGCCAAGCAUAUGUUACACAACAGUACAUGCUUGGGACAGUCCAUAUCGAAGAAGCAAGUUAUGAAGGGAACGAUAAACUAUUGACAGAAUGGUUUAAGCAGCUUGGGCUGCAUUCUGAUGAAGAACAACGCCAAACUGGCAUGGAGCGUGUCAUUCCAUGGGUGGGUGACCAGCUCACUAUUGAGCGCCUCUGUGGCCUAUACAAGUUUUGUGCCCAGGAUCAUAAUGCUUUUGACCGAAUGGAUUGGAUCAUCCCAGUGUUUGGCUGGUUCCACUUACAAAUGGCCUUCGCCAAUUCACUCCAUAAGCAAUACCUUGGGGCUACAGCUGGUCGUGGAUUAAUGCAUGCAUUCACAUUGCUGGAACGCAAAGGACUGAACUAUGUACAGACCAAGGGCUCACAACAAAUAGCUGAAUCAAUCAUUCAAAAGUUGACAUCAACAGAUGUGCUCGACAAUAUCAAACUACAGCCAGCUGAGAAGCAAGAUCAGGUAUUCCGCCAAUCUGUGAUGUGGAACCAUGACGUGUUGAGGUAUUUGGACCUCCAUGAUGCCAUCAAGAAUGGAGAUGUUGGAGUUAUGGAACAAUCACUACCUCACCUACUCUUUCACUUCGCAGAAGGGGGUAACUCAAAGUAUACAAUUGAAAUACUCAAACUUCUUCAAUGUAUCCAUCAUGAAUGGCCCCCCCAAGUCAAGCAGUUUAUACAAGACAGAUUCUGGCUAAUGAACACCACUGGCCUGCCACACCAAUUCUUCGCUAUAGACAAAGGCCAGGAGCACAACAUCAAAGAAAGUAAGGUGACAUUUGCUGUGCAUGGUGUUCAUGCUACUUGGGAUCUCAUGAAAGAUCGAGCACCUGCACUGCCAACACUUCGAGCUGUCCGAAAACACUUGGAGACACAAAUCCAACCCCUCCGACGAGGCAUCUCCCUUACAGAUCCUAGCAAAGGGAAGGAUCUUGAGCGUCUGCAUGAUGCCUACACAAGCUCACAGGUUGACAUUGAAGUAGAGGGUCAUACAGCUAAAACCAAAGCAGAUAUCAUUCCAGAUGUCGUUACUAAUAGUGCACUCAACAUUGUCACCCUCAAAACAAUGUCGAACUGGUGGGACAACCGUGAUUACAAGCAAUCUAUGGAGGAGACUUGGUAG